UCAAGGUGUACUUGAUUAAUAUAUUCGUCAAAAUGAACAGCUCUUUGUUUAUUAAAUGGCUAUGUAACCCAUAGUCACGCUGCAAACAAAAGUAGCUAUUUCUUUCCGUGCCAUAGUCAUAACCCCAAAUCCAAUAAGAAUAUAAACAAACAAAAUGGUCAGAAAACGCAACCGAAAGAAGUACGAGAGCGACGAUAACGAGGAGACUGACAGCGAAGCCGAAAUUCCGAACGUUGGAGCAGCCGCUCCAAAAAAAUACAGCUUGAGACAGAGGAAACCGACAAGUUUCACCGAAGAUUAUCAAUAUGAUUUCGAAUUGGAUGCGGAUAUUGACAAAAUAUGUUCGGAUAAAGAUGAAGACUUCGAGUUUGAACCAAAAACAGAAACUCCAAAUCGAAAGAGAGAGGCACCUCUUGAAAUACAUAUAGAACGAAAUGAAGCCUCCAAAUACAUAGACAAUGUAUAUAUCAAGCCAAUUGAACCUGAUUUUUCCAAUCUGGAUGAAGGUGAACUUAUUGACUUUGAGGAUAUUAUUAAGGCUGAUAUCGUGGUAAAUAAUAACAUGAUUGAUUAUGAAAAUUUAAUUGAAAAAAUUGAGAUUAAAAUACAACCACCUUCUAUAACUGAAAAAGUUGUUUCACCUAAGGUUGGGAAGAAGAGGGGCAGGAAACGGAAAUGUAAACAACCAACUGAAACAAUUGAAAAUGGACUAAGUAUUUUUGAACAUUUUUUGACCCCCAUCAUGGAUAGUACAAUUAAUUCAGACACAUGCAGCAGUGAUGAUUUACCUCUUGCUACUAUGAUGAAAAAAUAUUCAGAAGCAGAAAAUUGUCAUCAAGGAUCAGAGAUUCCACAAAAUAGUGAUACACAGAUAAAUGGAGCAGUGAAUGGUCACACUGGAUCAGAUUUUUUAAAACUAGAGUCUGUUAAUGAUGCAUAUCCAAAUUCAGGUAAUGUGGAUGAUGAUGAUGAUGAUGUUAUAUUGAUAGAAGAAGAACCUAAAAUCAUUGUUUUAGAUGAUUAAAGAUUCUAUUUUGAUCUGUAUUAUAUAAUUUUGUAUAUAAUUGAGAUGAGAUUAUAAAUUAUUGUGUAAUUGAAUUGGUAAAAAAACUCUUUAUAAGUGCAAUAUAUGUACAAUUUAUGAUUAGUCUGAAACUCAAUAUUUAUUGAUUUGUGAUAUUCAGUUGAGAGCAUUAUGUAGACAUCAAUUUACGUAUUUUCAUUGUAAAUAUCAUCAAAGUUCAUUGAUUGAAAUUAAAUGUGAUUACAAGUACAAUGUAA